CAGCCACCUAUCGGGAGGCGUGGGUUAGUGAUCCAAGACCGCCCGCCUGGUGACGAUGGAAUGAUGUCCAGGCUCGCCAGGCUCGUCCAGCCCGCGCUAGGACGUCUAGUCAGCGUCGUGGAAUUCCAGGAAUCCGCUUCGGGCGCGACGAAUGGAUGGGACGCUAGAAGCGAGAGGCAGAGCAAUGGACAGCGGCCAAGCGAGACGGAGGAUCAUUGAUUAUCCCAGCCGAUCCGCGCUCUCGGGUCGUAAUGGAUGCCCCUCGCGUUCUUAUCUCAGGGAGCUGAAACAAUCCAUCGGGCCGUGCUGUUUCCCCAGCUUUCUGGCUGUUCGUCACCUCGCAGCAACACGCAGCAGCCCACGGUGCAGGUCAUCUUCAGUGAUCCUCGUCUCUGCAGAGCGCCAUGGUCAGCGCAGCAGGAAAUUCCACGGCGGGAACAAUGAGCUUAGCGUUUGCCAGCGUCUCUGGCGUCUUCACCGACAGUCGCCCCUCGGUCAAAAUUGCCGUGGCCGUGGUGGGUGUCCUUUUUGUCUGGACCGUAUUCUCGACCUGGAGACAGUACAGUCGCCUAAGUCACUUCAAGGGGCCGUUGCUCGCCUCACUGUCCAAGUGGUGGCUCAUCAAGACGGUGGGAAAUGGCAGGGCUUAUCUCGACUUCUGGGAAAUCAACAAGAAGUAUGGCUCCAUUGCCCGUGUUGGCCCCAAUGACCUGAUUACGUCGGAUCCCGAUUUCAUGAAGCACAUCCUUGGCGUGAGGACCGAGUAUCGCCGUUCAGAUUGGUACGAUGGAAUGCGGUUUGAUCCUGCCAACAACAACAUCCUGUCAUGGCGGGACGAGGAUGAGCACUUCAAACUACGGUCCAAGAUGGCUGCCGGGGUACGUAGCUUCGCCACGCUGCGCCGUAACUGUUCCAUCUCGAACACUGUGGCUGUUUCUUGAAGCCCCUGAAUGCUGACAUGC